GAGAGAGAGGGCGUGAGACGCUUUCCAGCUCGGGUCAUUCGAGCAUAUAGGAGGAACCCAAAGUUUGACAUCUCACUCAAAUAAAGGAGAAAAUGUGGAUGAGCCUCACACUCUCACUCGUGGCUGCCUUGGCGCUGGGCGCAGAGGUUUCCUUCCCUGUGGAUGUUGACUCACUGGAUACAGCUGAAAUGCUAGACGAGGACUUGCGGAAAAAUGGAACCCACGGUGACAUGGAUUCCCUGUAUAGAAAUUCGAGAGUUCAGAUCUUGGCCGCCCAGUUUGAGUGCUACCUGAAGAUUAUUCAUGAGCCAAUCAGAACAGAUGAAGACCCUUACUGUAACCGUACAUGGGACGGAUGGAUGUGUUGGGGCGACUCACCGCCUGGGACUGCCAUGCAGAUGUGUCCUUCAUAUUUUAACGACUUUGACCCUAGUGAAACAGUCACCAAAGUUUGUAAUCCCGAUGGCCAGUGGUUCCAUCAUCCGGAGAGUAAAAGAGUCUGGAGUAACUACACACUGUGUACAGCCCACAAUAAAGACAACCUCAAGCUUGCACUCAGCCUCUAUUACGUGGCUAUGGCCGGUCAUGGUAUAUCGAUCGUCUCCUUAAUCGUCAGUUUGGUCAUCUUCUCCUAUUUAAAUAGUCUCAGCUGUCAGAGGAUCUCGCUCCACAAAAACAUGUUCACCUCCUUCAUCUUGAACUCUGUUUUUAUCAUGGGGUGGCUUUCAAUGAGUAUGAAGGGUACCGAGACCAUAAGUGCCAUCAACCCUGUCAUCUGCAAGAUUCUGGCUACGUUAGUUCAAUAUACAUCUACUUCCAUCUACUUCUGGAUGUUGUGUGAGGGCAUCUAUCUGCAUACGCUCAUCAUAGUGGCUGUCUUUGUUGGGGAACAGCAGCUCUUUUGGUACUACAUCCUCGGAUGGGUGUUCCCCAUCGUUCCUGCCCUUACAUAUGCUGCUGCUCGUGGAUUCUACUAUAACGACAUGUGUUGGAUGAGUUCACAUUCCAACCUUCUCUACAUCAUUCACGGGCCCAUCCAUGUUGCACUCGUUGUAAACCUUUUCUUUCUCCUGAACGUCAUCCGGGUCCUAAUCACCAAGCUGAAGGAAACACACUGCGCUGAGUCUACAACCUACAUGAAGGCAGUGAGAGCCACCCUUAUCCUGGUCCCUCUGCUGGGAGUCCAGUACAUCUUUUUCCCCUACAUUCCAGACGGAUAUUUCCCCCAUGCCGUCUAUUACAUGGUAGCUGUAUUUACCCACUUCCAGGGGCUCCUUGUGGCAGUUAUUCUCUGUUUCUGCAAUGCAGAGGCCCAAACAGCACUGCGCAGGAAGUGGGCUCAGUGGAAGAUCGCCUGGGGGAAAACCGGCUGGGGAGAAACACCUUUCGUCAGCCACCACCUCAGCUGCCACAGCAACUCCACCAUGGUGGAAACCAGCCGCUCCACCGGCGGCGUGGAGGGGCCCGCCGCCGCGUCGUCUCCACCACUACCAGAAAACUGUCACCUCAUGACUGCGGUGCAGAGCAAGGCCAACGGGCAGGACACCACCGGAUGAGGACGCACAAACCGAGAGCGCUGAGCUCUGAGUGGAUCGGCAGCAGAGAUCCUGGUGGUGGCGUCGAGCGCGCACACCAACUACAGCACUUAACAUCUGCGAAAAAAA